UGCUGCGUGCCGGGAACCCUCGCCUCGCUCCCUCUUUAGCCAAGGAGCUGCCUAUCCGCCGGUGGUUAAGAAAGGAAAGGUCGGAGGAGAAAAAGGAGGCAGGGAAAAAGUCUCCGGGGCUGCGUGACUCGACUAAUUUUGUCUCCCACGGGGCCCUGUUGAGGCUUUGCUUGGCGUCACUGUUGGUGCGGUCGCGGAGCAUCGUGGGUAGGAGGGAGAUUCGGUCUCUCAGCUCCGAAAGAUGGCGGACGCUUUCGGGGAUGAGCUCUUCAGCGUGUUUGAGGACGACUCGACCACUGCGCCCGGAGCCAAAAAAGACAAGGAAAAGGAGAAGGGGAAAUGGAAGGGGCCGCCAGGGUCUGCGGAAAAGGCCGGAAGACGUUUUGAUGGUAAAUUACAAUCUGAGUCAACUAAUAUUGGAAAAAACAAGAGAGAUGCAGACUUCGAGGGCACAGAUGAACCCAUUUUUGGAAAGAAGCCCAGGGUAGAAGAGUCAAUAACUGAAGACUUAAGUUUGUCAGACUUGAUGCCCAGGGUCAAGGUACAAUCAGUUGAAACUGUUGAAGGGUGUACACAUGAGGUUGCACUUCCUGCAGAUGAAGAUUAUCUACCACUUAAACCUCGCGUUGGAAAAGCUGCAAAGGAAUACCCGUUCAUUCUUGAUGCUUUUCAAAGAGAAGCCAUUCAGUGUGUUGAUAAUAAUCAGUCUGUUCUAGUAUCUGCACAUACAUCAGCAGGAAAAACUGUAUGCGCUGAAUAUGCCAUUGCAUUGGCCUUAAGGGAAAAACAGCGUGUAAUAUUUACUAGCCCAAUUAAGGCCCUGAGUAACCAGAAAUACCGUGAAAUGUAUGAAGAAUUUCAAGAUGUUGGUCUGAUGACUGGAGAUGUUACUAUUAAUCCUACAGCAUCUUGUCUUGUUAUGACCACAGAGAUUUUGAGAAGUAUGCUGUACAGAGGUUCUGAAGUUAUGCGAGAAGUUGCUUGGGUCAUAUUUGAUGAAAUUCAUUACAUGAGAGAUUCAGAGCGUGGUGUUGUAUGGGAAGAAACUAUUAUUUUGCUUCCUGAUAAUGUUCACUAUGUCUUUCUUUCGGCUACUAUUCCAAAUGCUCGGCAGUUUGCUGAAUGGAUUUGCCACUUACAUAAACAGCCUUGUCAUGUAAUUUACACAGAUUAUCGGCCUACUCCGUUACAGCACUACAUUUUUCCAGCAGGGGGAGAUGGUCUGCACCUUGUGGUUGAUGAAAAUGGUGACUUCAGAGAAGAUAAUUUUAAUACUGCGAUGCAGGUACUUCGAGAUGCUGGUGAUUUGGCAAAAGGAGAUCAGAAGGGGAGAAAAGGAGGAACAAAGGGACCAUCAAAUGUGUUCAAGAUUGUGAAGAUGAUUAUGGAAAGAAACUUUCAACCUGUAAUUAUUUUCAGUUUUAGUAAGAAAGAUUGUGAAGCCUAUGCACUUCAAAUGACCAAAUUAGAUUUCAACACAGAUGAAGAAAAGAAGAUGGUUGAAGAAGUAUUCAGUAACGCAAUUGACUGCUUGUCAGAUGAAGAUAAAAAGCUCCCUCAGGUUGAACAUGUACUUCCUCUCUUGAAGCGGGGGAUUGGUAUUCACCAUGGUGGUUUACUUCCUAUUUUGAAAGAAACUAUAGAAAUUCUCUUUUCUGAAGGAUUGAUAAAGGCCUUAUUUGCCACUGAGACUUUUGCUAUGGGGAUUAACAUGCCAGCUAGAACUGUUUUAUUUACAAGCGCCCGAAAAUUUGAUGGGAAGGAUUUCCGAUGGAUUUCCUCUGGUGAAUACAUUCAGAUGUCUGGUCGUGCUGGAAGGAGGGGAAUGGAUGACAGAGGAAUUGUAAUUCUUAUGGUAGAUGAAAAGAUGAGCCCAACGAUUGGAAAACAACUACUUAAGGGCUCAGCUGAUCCUCUAAAUAGUGCUUUCCAUUUGACCUACAACAUGGUUUUGAACUUACUACGAGUAGAAGAAAUAAAUCCUGAGUACAUGUUGGAAAAAUCCUUCUACCAGUUUCAGCAUUAUAGAGCAAUUCCAGGAGUAGUAGAGAAGGUAAAGAACUCAGAAGAACAGUAUAAUAAAAUAGUAAUACCAAAUGAAGAAAGUGUAGUCAUCUAUUAUAAGAUUAGGCAGCAGCUUGCCAAAUUGGGUAAAGAAAUUGAAGAAUAUAUUCACAAACCAAAAUAUUGCUUACCAUUUCUACAACCAGGUCGUUUGGUGAAGGUAAAGAAUGAAGGAGACGAUUUUGGCUGGGGUGUAGUGGUGAAUUUCUCAAAAAAAUCAAAUGUUAAGCCUAAUUCUGGUGAACUGGAUCCUUUAUAUGUAGUGGAAGUACUUCUGCGCUGUAGCAAAGAGAGCUUGAAAAAUUCAGCUACUGAGGCUGCAAAACCAGCUAAGUCUGAUGAGAAAGGAGAGAUGCAGGUUGUUCCAGUUUUGGUGCAUCUCCUGUCUGCUAUCAGCAGUGUUAGGCUUUACAUUCCUAAAGACCUUCGACCACUGGACAAUAGACAGAGUGUUUUAAAAUCAAUACAGGAAGUUCAGAAACGUUUUCCUGAUGGUGUUCCCUUAUUAGAUCCUAUUGAUGACAUGGGCAUUCAAGAUCAAGGACUGAAAAAAGUCAUCCAGAAAGUAGAGGCUUUUGAGCAUCGAAUGUAUUCUCAUCCACUUCACAAUGAUCCAAAUUUGGAAACUGUGUAUACGCUUUGUGAAAAAAAAGCACAGAUUGCAAUAGACAUUAAAUCCGCAAAGCGAGAACUAAAGAAAGCAAGAACUGUCCUACAAAUGGAUGAGCUCAAAUGUCGCAAACGUGUUUUAAGGAGGUUGGGAUUUGCUACGUCUUCUGAUGUCAUAGAGAUGAAAGGACGAGUGGCUUGUGAAAUAAGCAGUGCUGAUGAGCUCCUUCUAACUGAGAUGAUGUUUAAUGGCCUUUUCAAUGACCUAUCUGCAGAACAGGCAACGGCACUACUAAGCUGCUUUGUGUUUCAAGAGAAUUCUAGUGAGAUGCCCAAAUUAACAGAGCAGUUAGCAGGACCACUUCGUCAAAUGCAGGAAUGUGCUAAAAGAAUUGCAAAAGUUUCAGCAGAAGCCAAAUUGGAAAUUGAUGAGGAGACUUACCUAAGCUCAUUUAAACCUCACUUAAUGGAUGUAGUAUAUACCUGGGCAACUGGAGCUACAUUUGCCCAUAUCUGCAAAAUGACAGAUGUCUUUGAAGGCAGCAUAAUUCGUUGUAUGAGGCGCCUGGAAGAACUACUUCGACAAAUGUGUCAAGCAGCAAAAGCCAUUGGAAACACUGAGCUGGAAAAUAAAUUUUCAGAAGGAAUCACCAAAAUCAAGAGAGAUAUUGUGUUUGCUGCCAGCCUCUACUUAUAAAGAGUCAGCUAAAGGAAUGUGGGAUUUUAAAUUGUUCACCACCUGUCUGAUGUAUUAUAUUUAAAUCAAGCAUCAUUCUAAGAAAGCAUAUUACAUACACAGUUGUACAUAAGCAUUACAUUUUUUUAAUAAAAAAAUGUACAGGUGGGGCAUUUGUUUUAGUGAAAGGCUUGAAAUUUUUUGUAAUGAACUUAGAGCUAUUAGAUAACCAUUGUGUUAAAUGUAACUAUAUACACACAGGUAAAGUGGGCAUCCAAGAGGUACAGUAGCAGCAGUCCCCUUAAAGGCUUGUAUACUGGGAAGAAGGACGCAUCCUCUUGCCUUCUGGUUGCAAUCAUUUUCCUUUAGAAAGCAGGCCAGCUUCAUCUGGGUACUCUGCCACCUUCAAGGUUGGUGACUGUUCCGAUAGUGAUUCCCUGUCGUUGGUGUUUCAUGCAGAGUUGUAUGAGAGUCCUCCUCUUUUCUUUCUUUAAAAGGAGAAUUUCUCUCCUUGAAGAAAUCUGAUACAUAUACAGCCUGUAUAGAACAGGUAACAUUUAGAAUGGGGCAAAGUAUUUAAUGAUACAAUUUUAAAUAAGUUUAAAAACCAUAUACAAAGUUGCAAUAAGCAGUGUGCAAAAAAUAAAUAUAAACAAAAGGAUAUACAUUACAGGGUACAGGUUAAGAGUACGAAUAAAUUAGUGGCUAACAGGAAUUUUUGUUAAGGACAUUCUGAGAGUUGCUCUGUUAUGUAUUGGGCAGAUAGCUUCACUCUGCUAGCCCUUAAUGAAAGUGUCAUUCCUCAUGUAAAUCAGUUUGGUUUUUUUUUUUCAA